GUCUAUACGUUUGAUAAAAAUAAAUCAUUAUAUGCACACGAAACGGUUUAAUACAUGUAUUGCACAAAUGUUUACUUGUUUACUGUUGCGGACAUGAGAUUUGAUUUGACAUAAAAACAGUAAAUGCUUAAUAAAUGAUAUAAUUUAUUUAAAAGGCAUAAACUUAGCAAAUGUUCAUUGUUGGAUUAAAAGCGAAAGAGGAAGUAAAUAAUUAAAAUGGCGACAGGUGGGAGUGAAGUCGCCUCAGAUGAAAUUUCCGAAUUUCAAUGCUUUACUUGUACUAACAAGAGUGCUGUGAAAUACUGUGUAGAGUGUCAAGGUAACUGUUGCCAGGCAUGUGUUGAUACACAUUCACGAUUUCCGGCUUUAAAAGGACACACGUUGCUUGACACAUCAAGCUGUCAGACCCCUGGAUCGUCGGCAACAUUGCUGGCGGUGCCGACAGAAAGAUGUAGCGUUCACACCAUCAAAUUAUUGGACAUGUACUGUAAGGACCAUGAUGAGGUGGGCUGUACAACCUGUAUGGCUCUAAAUCACAGACUGUGCAGAAAUGUCCACUCUAUUCCUGAUGAUAUUGACGUUUUGUUAGAAACAACCGACAUAAAAGAAAUCAACCAGACUUUACAACGCAGUAAAGGAGCGUUUGAAGACAUACAAAAGAAUAAACGUGUACUCCUAAAAGACUUAGAUUCCUCAAAGAAGGAGGCUGACACAGCAAUAGAACACGCCAGUGAGGAAUUCAUCGCUCUUGUUAAAAACCUUGAGAGGAAGUCAAAGGAAGACGUCGAAAACGUAUAUCAAACAUCCAAGACCCGCGUUGAAAAAGACACGAAAGAAGCAGAUCGCCAAAUAGAUGAUCUAGAGAAGGUAAUGACAGACUUACAAACAUCAGAAGGAAAUAAGGCACAGCAAUUUGUUUGUAUGAAAAUAGCCAAUCGGAAAAUCAAAGAAGCAAAAGAAGUUGAGAUAACCUUCAAAACUGAGACAGAGGUGAAAGUUACAUUUCUAGUGGACCCGAAUAUGCAGGCGUACUUUCAAAACCUGAAGACAAUCGGGACAGUAAGCAGUGUGAUGCCUACAGCUGAACGGACUGAAAUAUACACAGUUGCGCAGACCAAAGAUAUGAAUGUUAAAAUUAAACAGGAUUCUACAACUUGUAAUAUAUAUGGCUCAUGCUGGACUGAAGAUGGAUCGCUGCUUCUGGUUGAUCUUAGCAACAAAAAGCUGAAACGCGCAAACAUGACAAGUAUGACUGUGGAUGGUUACUGCAAUUUUGACAAUAAACCGUUUGGCGUCUGUUGUACAAAUAGACAAGAGGCAGUCGUUACAUUCUAUACCAAUGCAAACUUCAUCCAGUUUGUCUCAAUUGAUAAUCAGCUAUCGCCCUCAAGGAAAGUCCAGAUGAAUCAUAAUUGUUUAGGCAUUGCUUAUAAGGAAGAUAAGCUAUAUAUAACUGAUGAUUCCAAAACCAUAUACAUACAUGACAUGGCAGGUAACGAGUUACAAGCAAUAUCACAGGAUAGUUCUGGCAAUGGUCUGUUUAGCGGCCCCAGACAGAUUGCUUUUAACGACGUCAAGCAGGGUGUAUUUGUUCCAGACUGGGAAAAAGGAGUUAUAAUUCUAGAUGGACAUUAUCAACCAGUGGCUAUAUUUACUGAUUCAGGAUUGUCCAAUGCGUCAGGAGUGUGUACCGACCGUAGAGGUAAUAUCUUUGUGUGUGGACGUAGCUCAGAUAACAUAAUACAGAUCGGAUAUGAUUGCAAGAAGAGAGGAGUAGUGGUUGACAAGUCUGGUGGAAUUCAAACGCCACAGUCUGCCUGCUUUGAUCCAAUUCAAUGUAGACUGAUUGUUACACAGCCUAAAGACACUGUUAAAAUCUAUGAUCUUAAGUAAAUUAGAUUUCAUAUAGAGAAAAUAUAAAUAUGAUUACUGUGUAAAAAGACUAUUGUUAGGGACAAAUCUGUUUUUAUGUAAUAUAAACUUAAACGGUAUCUCCCUAUGACAGAUUUAUAAAAUCAGUAAGUUGAGUCAUAGCCACUUGAUAAUAAUCAACUUUUUCUGGAAUGAAAUAUCCAGAAGUUGCAUUUUAUGAGACUCACCUUUUCAAAUAAAUGUGCGCCCAAUCUAAAUGUAUGCAUUACUUUCUGCUUUGAAUUAAACUACGUUUUACAAGUUACUUAUGUAUGGUGGCAUAUUUCUGCAUGGGAUAAUCAUAAUUUUUUCAAUUUUCAUGAAUAUUUUAUGAACUCACAACAAUUUUCGUGAAAAAUUGAAAACACUUUCCUGAAUUUCAGAGAACGUGUUCGUGACAAUAUUAUCUGUUUAUCGAGACUAUAUGUCAAAAUAGUGCCCAUUAUUUCAUAAAGAUAACUCUAUAAAGACAAUUUCCGUUUUCAUGAGACAAGGACGUCUGGUGAAAACAAAAGUUCAUGAAAAUUUUAUGAUUAUCCUAUGUAGAAAUAUGCCACCAUAUUGGCACAAUCGUGAUUUUUUUUCACUUAGAACAAGGGUUUCUUGAAAGGUGUUUUUUAAUUUUCGCGAAAACUAUACGAAUUUUCGCUAAAACUAUCUGCUUAAGUGGAUGCAGAAAUAUGCCACCAUACUACUUUUUAACAACACACUUUUUCAUUAUCUGCAUGUGAACGUGUACAUAAUUGCAACAGUACAAAUUGUAAAACAACAACUUGAACAAUAACCCAUUCUACAUGUAAAUCAAAUUUAUAUAAAGUAUCAGACUAUACUUGGAUUAUUUGCAAACAGAAAUAUAGAAGAAAUGUUUAAUGAACUCCAUUGUUUGUGUUAAUGUAAGUAAGUAAUUACAUGUUAAUGUAACAUCUAGUUAAAAGUAUCAUAAUUUUGUAGUCAUCGUCGGGUCUUAUUUCAGGACGAUAUUGUCAUAUUUGCUAUUGCUCAGGCUUAAGUUACAGGAUGACAGGGCUAUUUGAUAUAGAGAUGGUACGGUAGUGGUUUUUAUAUAUACCGAAUACGGAACUACCUAAAUUCACAUGAAGACUGAUGUUUAUUUCUGCACUUUUAAUAUUGUAUUAGCUAAGUAAAAAUACAACAAUGCUUUAAUUUUA